AUGAUCAAACGAGAAUGCGUAUUUCUCCGAUCAUUUUUUUCGACUUGCGAGUUCGAACCGAGACAAGCGCACGAAUCGUCCUUCGUUCCGCCCGUUUGCAACAAACUAAUGCAUCACACGCAACUCGACGUGAUGUUCGUCGGUGGGCCAAACCAACGCGACGACUUUCACUUAGAGGAAGGUGAGGAGCUCUUCUGGCAGCUCAAGGGGGAAAUGGAACUCGUCGUCGAAGAAAAAGGCCAGCAAAAGUCAAUCCCGAUCAAAGAAGGGGAAAUGUUCUUGCUGCCCGGGAAGAUUCCCCAUUCGCCGAGAAGAUCCGCCAACUCCAUCGGCCUCGUCGUUGAGCGUCAAAGAGUCGAGGGCGAAGAAAUGGACGGAUUGAGAUACUACUGCAAGGAAAAACAGCAUAAAAUCGAUAAUAAGGCAAUAUUCGAAUCAAGGGCGAAUUUAAAUUACCAGCUGAAUAAUUUAAAAUCAGAGAGCGACUCGGGCACUAGACCCAUCAUAAAGGAUUACUUCGCUUCGGAAGAAUUCCAAACUGGAAAGCCCAAAAGCGACUCAGUCAUGGACCUUCCCUGGGAAAUCGACACUCAGCGCAGUUUAGACGAGCCUUUUCUUUUUGAAAAGUUUUACUCGACGCUUUCGAAGGGAAAACACGCCGUCUUUGGGGGACAAAAUCAGAUGCAAGUAACAGUCGCUGUCGACUGCGCAAUUGAUGAAAAUCCAGACGGAAUUAACCAGUGGAUUUAUGUUAUUGAAGGAGAAGUGGACCUUUCAAAUGGACAAACGAUGAAAAGAGCUGACUCGAUUCUGCUUUCUCCUGGAGAGACUCUCAAAGGGGAUGUGCGCGGCAAAGCGCUGCUGAUCAGUCAGAAGCGAAUUUGCGCAACUGCGUAA